UCUAAUGUUGGGAGUGUAUUGAGCCCCACAGUCUGCUUUUGAUGGCACUGACAACACCUGGGAUUCAUUUUAUCGCUCGCGCUGCCUUCAAACUAGGCCCUAUCGUCCUACUUGCCUAUUGGCUCCGAUCCUGGACAUUACUCCUUUUUCCUCUUGUUCUGCCAUUCUAUCCUGUCCUCUUUCGUCUAUACUAUGCCCGCCGCGCCUCUUCUCUCAACGCGCGCAUCGCUCCUCGAGUAUGCGCAUCCCUGCGAUACAUUGAUGGAGCUGGCCGAGGAGUAUGGGCCCAUAUUCAAUACCGAUAUCCUGGGGCUCAUGCAAAUCGUGACCACGAGCCCGAAGCACAUUCAGCGUGUCCUCGCCACCGAUUUCGAUAACUUCGAGAAAGGGAAGACGUUCCAAGAAACUAUGUCCUCUGUACUAGGGGUGGGAGUCUUCAAUUCGGACGGUGAGAUGUGGAAAUUUCACCGAACGAUGACCCGCCCAUUUUUUUCGCGCGACCGUAUCUCACACUUUGACUUGUUUGACAACCAUGCACAGACAGUGGUAGCCAAAAUGAAGGGGCGCUUUCAGAUGGGUGUAACAGUGGACUUCCAGGAUCUUAUCCAACGUUUCACGCUCGAUUCUGCAACAGAAUUCCUCUUCGGGAAAUCGGUCGAGAGUCUCUCCGGUAUUCUUCCGUACCCACCUUCUACACCUUUUGGUCUUCAAAGUCACGAAAAAACACAGCCCGAAGUCUUUGCAGACGCCUUUCUGUCUGCUCUUGAGGUCCUGCAUGAACGUGGCGAUGAAGCGUGGAUUUGGCCACUGUAUGAAAUGUUCGAGGACAAAACAGCAGCACCUAUGAGCAUUGUCAAUCAAUUCAUACAGCCGAUUGUGGAUGAAGCAGUGAAGCAGCGCAAUGAAGAAAAGCAUGGAGUCAGGGAGGCAGACGACGCUCAGAGAGACACCUUACUAGGGCAUCUCGUCCGUGAGACGAACGACCCAAAUGUAUUGAAAGAUGAAAUUCUUAAUAUACUGAUCGCUGGACGCGACACUACUGGAGGAACAUUGUCCGUUCUGGUCUACUUUCUAUGUACUAACCCUCUCGUAUGCAUUCGUCUUCGUGAGGAGGUCAUCAAUUCAGUGGGUCCGGUAUGCCGCCCUACGUUUGAAGAUAUCAAAGGAAUGAAGUAUCUGCGUGCGGUGAUCAAUGAGACGAUGAGAUUAUAUCCCGCUGUUCCAGUGAAUAUUCGCACAUCAAUUAAGGAGACGACUUUCCCAUCCGAUGAUCCGGAAGAGAAGGAUAUCUACGUUCCCGCAGGAACGCCCGUUCCAUACUCCGUCUUCAUAAUGCACAGGCGAAAAGAUCUUUGGGGUCCAGACGCCGAGCAAUUCGACCCGCUACGAUUUAUUGACGAGCGACACCACCGCAUAACGAAGAAUCCAUGGAUUUUCUUGCCCUUCAAUGCUGGUCCGAGGAUAUGCCUGGGCCAGCAAUUUGCUUAUAAUGAAAUGUCGUUCAUCAUCAUCCGGCUACUGCAAGCAUUUGAAGGUUUUGAGCUUGAUGAAAAUAUGGGAGGAAAGUUCAGCCCCAAAUUGACGCUGACGAUCUACGCAAGCGGUGGUAUAUGGAUCAAGGCAAAGGAAGCGGGAGAAAUUGAAGAAGUGUAGCGCCUGCAAAAAUGUAUAUAUCAAGAAAAAUUUUACUUCCAAUCGUUAUUCUCAAUGACACACAACUUCGAAGCUCCAUCGUGCAUCCAGGGACA